UGAAACCUGUUUGACACAUUGACCCUAUGUGUUUCUGUGUCUGCUGGGUCAGCUUGUGAGAGUUUGCCUAUGUUGACAUCUAUCUCCGGUUACCACAGCAUCAGACGGUGCUGUUAAUGUUUAAUGUUUGUUUGCUGGUCAGUGCAACGGUGGACAUGUUCACCGAACAUACCUCCAACUUCCACUUUCUGCGAUUUUUAAAAAGCACUAACAGAUUUUGAUACAACACAUUUCAGUUGGAUAGAUAGGAAUAUGGUGGUACAUACUUUUUUAGAUGUUUCUUCAGAUGUUCCUAGCUUCUCAAUGGCUGAGGGCCCUUUCUAUGCAGCUUUGCAGGGGGGCCCCCAGUGGCUGGUCUCCCUGGUGACCCACGCUUGAUGGUCUGUCUCUGCUCUGAUGAACAGAGUAAAAGCAUGAAAGAGAAAGGGUAAGUGAGGGGAGGGAUUACCUGAUGGAGAUAGUGUUACAUGACAAUGAAUUCAAGUGAUGACACCUUUUUGCUUCUGUCUCUCAAAUGCAUUUGUAUAUUUAAUGGGUUUGGCAGCCCCUGAUUGAGUCUGGUUCAAUGAAGAUUACUCCAAAGCAUCAGUUUUCCACUUGAGCGGUUUUGACAUUAUCAGAUGGUGGAUGGUGGAGAACUUGACUGGAUUCACUUGUCCCAUUCAAAAGAGGUCAGAAAGCAGAAGGACAGUUUUGCAGAGGACAUCUGAUUUAGUGAAGCCAGGAAGAUGAAAAUGAAGAGAUCCUACUAACCAUCACCUUAGCUUUGAUGAUGUUCUGAAGAUCUACACCUGCUUUGGGUUUUUGCAUGUAGCUGCUUGCGUUUUUCAAUUGCUUGGAACAACUGAUAUUGAUGUAAACGUUAAUACCUUAAUAAUUGCUUGUCCUUGAGCUCUGUUUGCCAACUUUUCCAUAAAAUUUAAGUAUAGAGAUUUGAUAGUAGACCUCUGUCCAAUUCUGCAGCUAAUACACAACAUACAUUUCUUGAAGUAAAUGGUUAAACCAGUCCCAAAUGCGAUCGUGACUAUGAGUGAAACAGAGACGGAGAGGAAGCGCCCGGUCAUUGCUGGCAGAGAAAAAGGGCCUGGGCCUGGUCGAUACUUCCUUCCACCGGCUAUUGGGUUUGUAGGCCAUGAUUUCACCAAGUCAACAAGUCCUGCCUUCUCCUUCCAUGGCAGGAUGAGUAACAACAUGCAUAGCAUUGACUGUAGUCCAGGACCUAAAUAUCAUAUUGAUGCCAAACUGACUCGCUUUGGAAGGGAUGGCACUCCUGCCUAUUCCAUACAUGGCAGGAUGGAAAAUCGAGCAGGAACCUUCUCCACCCCUGGACCAGGAGCAUACAGCCCUGAGAAAGCCCCUCUUGGCAGCACCCAUCGCAAACCGCCGUCCCACACCAUGGGCUGCCGCACUACAUAUCGCACUGUGGACACCGUGCCCGCCCCGAACAAAUACACCCUCCCUUCUCUCAUGGGCUCCCACGUCCUGACCAAAACAUCCAGUGCUAGUUACACCAUCUCUGGGAGAUGCAAAUCUGGAGGUCCGGCCAAGGACUUAUCUAAGACUCCAGGUCCUGGGAGAUAUAACCGCACAGAUCCCAGUGUUUACCUCCCGAGGCAGCCUGCGUUCUCUAUGCUGGGCAGACACACUGCUGCAAGGGAGUCCACAUUAGUACCAGGUCCUGGAAGUCAUAGCCCAGAGAAAGUGACAGUGCACAAGCCCAGACCUCCUGCUUUCUCUUUAGGGGUCAGGCACUCAGAGUUUGUGACCCCUUUAGUGGUAGAUUAGUAGUAUAGACCAUUUCGGUGUUUGUAAACAGCGAUGACGUGUUUUGUGGGCAGAGCCUACCUGGUGGCAAAAAGCAAGUGUGAGUAUCUGCAGAAAAUUAAAAAGGUAAUUUAUAUCUCACAAUUCUGACUUUUUCUUGCAAUUCUGAGUUUAUAUCUCACAAUUCUGAGAAGAAAAAUCUAAAUUGCAAGAUGUAAACUUGAUAGUCUCUUUUUUUUUCUCUCAGAAUUUCUUGACUUCAGAUAAAAAUUGCAAGAAAAAAGUCAGAAUUGUGAUUAAAAAAAAAUGUUAAGUUUCAAUAUUAAAGGUUUAACUUAUUUCAUGCUUUAACUGUAAGGCUAAUACAUUAGGGACUCUCAUGAACUGCAAAUGUGAAUAUCAUGUAGAUUUAUUGUUUACAUCAAUCCAUGUUUUGAUAGUAGGCUAAUCAUCACAGGUUUCAUCAGUCUGUCUGUCCGUUUAAUAGCUUGCAACCAUAAACGUAGCAUCAAAAAUGAAGACCAUCUCUUUUGGCAUUUCAAUUCUGACAUCCAAAUGCACAAGACAUUUUUGUUCCCCUAUUCCAUGGGUCUCGCCCAUUUUACUCCACUUGUUACCGGUUUUUCUGCCACAAUGUGCACGCAACUGCGAUGUCUGCUUCACUUUGAAAAUUUCAUUGUAUUCUUAGAAAUGUUUGAUAUUUUUCAUACAGUAAACUCUAUGUUUGAAAUAUACAGCAUUCUCACGCCAUUUGACCAAUGAAUUUUUGAGACUUGUCCUGGUUUUUUGUAUAGUGUGAUAUACAAAUUUUCUAUAUACAAUAUCUGCUGUCACUUAUGAACACCAAAUAUUUAUAGUUAUGUCAUUAUUUAAUGUCCUGUAACACUGAUUACAAAUGAGGAUGCAAGUGAGCUAAUAAAAAUAAUAUUUAUUGAUUUGUCAACAACAAAUGUGGAACAAACAAAUGUUGACUGCUCAAAAUACAAGGUGGAGAUGUUAACAAAAGCAGUUCAGCAACGGAAAGCAUCGUAGUGUACAACAAAAACUAUUCCUUCUAUUCACGACAGGGGCGAUUACUAGACCCGAAACACCAUCCAACUUAUUUUACAAGACUUCAGUGUAGAUCUAAAGAAAACACUUUGAAGGAGGCAGCCCAUUCCCCCGGGGCUCCUGCUGCCAUCAGAUCUCCAAAUAAAAGGGGGAGAAGUAGUAACAUUUCAUUACCAUAGAUCUGCAAAUAAUAAAACUUAUAUACAAAU